UGGAGCAAGGAGGAGCACGCCAAGUUCCUCGAGGCGAUCAAGAUCUACACCAACGGGCCCUGGAAGCUCGUGGCCGCGUACGUCGGCACCCGCACGGUCCGACAAACCAUGACGCACGCUCAAAAGUACCGGCAAAAGGCUGCGCGCCGACUG